UCUACUGCAGAAGACAGAGUGAUAUUUGUGUUCCCAUAGCAUGUUGUGAAAUGCAUGAGAUUUUGCUCAUCCUCCUUGGAAAUGAGAAUAGGAAAAUGAGAGCAUCCUGAACCAGAAGCUAUUAGAAGAACAUGCAGAAACCUGCAGCGAUUUGUGCUUUAUUUUGUCUUCCUAGCUAUGGAUUAGAAGGACUGAUUUUUGCAAUGGGCUUUUUCCAUAAUGGCAUUCUUGUAUUGUUUGGUCAGAGCUUGCACAGGAGGAAAACAGGCUGCUGAAUUUAGUCACUGAUCUCUAUUAGCCGUGGCCUAAGGCUAUGCUGAGAUUUAUAUCCCAUUUGUAUUGUUGCAGCUCAAAAGAAGAAUGUUCAGAGGAUGACAAGUGUAUUCUGAGUAGAUCUCUGGUGGAAGAGGAGGAUCCUCAUAUGAAAGUAUCUCUUGGUAGCAGCGAUAUGGGCGUCUCUGCCCAUCUACAGUCUUCGAAGACAGGAACCACAAGAUUUUUCACCAGCAAUACUCACAGUUCUGUGGUAUUACAGGGUUUUGACCAGCUGCGAGUGGAAGGUUUGCUUUGUGAUGUGACGCUUGUUCCUGGAGAUGGUGACGAGGUGUUUCCUGUUCACAGAGCAAUGAUGGCUUCUGCCAGUGAUUACUUCAAGGCCAUGUUCACAGGGGGAAUGAAGGAACAAGAUUUAAUGUGCAUUAAGCUUCACGGUGUGAACAAAAUAGGCCUAAAGAAGAUCAUUGAUUUCAUCUAUACUGCAAAACUUUCCCUUAACAUGGACAACCUUCAGGACACUCUGGAAGCUGCCAGUUUUUUGCAGAUUUUACCUGUUUUGGAUUUCUGUAAAGUGUUUCUUAUCUCUGGGGUUUCGUUGGAAAACUGUGUUGAGGUUGGGCGAAUUGCCAACACAUACAAUCUCACAGAAGUGGAUAAAUAUGUUAAUAACUUCAUCCUGAAGAACUUCCCCGCAUUAUUAAGUACUGGUGAAUUUGUGAAACUCCCCUUUGAACGUCUUGCCUUUGUGCUUUCAAGUAAUAGCCUUAAGCACUGCACUGAACUUGAACUCUUCAAGGCGGCUUGUCGCUGGCUGCGCUACGAGGAGCCUCGGAUGGAGUACGCUGCGAAGCUAAUGAAGAACAUCAGGUUUCCUCUGAUGACACCCAAUGAUCUUAUUAACUAUGUUCAAACAGUGGACUUCAUGAGAACUGACAACACCUGCGUCAACUUGCUUUUGGAAGCCAGCAACUACCAAAUGAUGCCAUACAUGCAGCCGGUGAUGCAGUCGGAGAGAACGGCCAUUCGGUCGGACAGCACGCACUUGGUGACGUUGGGGGGAGUGCUGAGGCAGCAGCUGGUUGUCAGCAAGGAGUUACGGAUGUACGACGAGAAGGCCCACGAAUGGAAAUCCUUGGCUCCCAUGGAUGCACCAAGGUACCAGCACGGCAUCGCCGUGAUCGGAAACUUUCUUUACGUGGUCGGGGGCCAGAGCAAUUACGACACGAAAGGAAAGACGGCGGUUGACACGGUCUUCAGGUUUGACCCUCGCUACAACAAGUGGAUGCAAGUCGCGUCUUUAAAUGAGAAGCGGACCUUCUUCCACCUAAGUGCCCUCAAAGGACAUUUGUAUGCAGUUGGUGGCCGAAAUGCAGCGGGUGAACUAGCUACUGUGGAAUGUUACAAUCCCAGAAUGAAUGAAUGGAGCUACGUGGCAAAAAUGAAUGAACCCCACUAUGGUCACGCUGGAACCGUGUAUGGGGGAUUAAUGUAUAUUUCAGGGGGAAUUACCCAUGAUACUUUCCAAAAGGAACUUAUGUGUUUUGACCCUGACACAGACAAAUGGACUCAGAAAGCUCCGAUGACGACAGUCAGAGGUCUGCAUUGCAUGUGUACUGUAGGAGACAAGCUGUAUGUUAUUGGUGGAAAUCACUUUAGAGGAACCAGUGAUUAUGAUGAUGUUCUAAGCUGUGAAUAUUACUCACCAACUCUAGACCAGUGGACUCCAAUUGCUGCCAUGUUACGUGGGCAAAGUGAUGUUGGGGUUGCUGUCUUUGAAAAUAAAAUCUAUGUUGUUGGAGGAUAUUCUUGGAAUAAUCGGUGCAUGGUGGAAAUAGUUCAGAAAUAUGAUCCAGAAAAAGAUGAGUGGCAUAAAGUAUUUGACCUCCCAGAAUCCCUUGGUGGCAUUCGAGCCUGCACUCUUACUGUUUUCCCACCGGAGGACAAUUCAGGGUCACCGUCUAGAGAAUCUCCUCUUUCAGCACCUUAGAACCAUCCCUUGACUUAUGAUGUUGUAGUAACACCUUUGCACUGCAUCAUGGAGUCUGUUAUUUUUCUUCAGUAGUUUCUGUUAGGCUUAGCCUACAGCAUUUCGUACAAUUACUGGGAAAAAAAAAAAAAAGACUUUGACAUUACUUGUGCUGUUUGUUUGGCCUAGAAUGUUUGUCAAGUGGUUAACAAAAAAGAUGUACUCGCCCGAGCCAAAUGUUUAACAAAUGAGAGGAUAUUGUCUAUAAAAUGUAUGAACUAGGUAUGUUAUUAAUGUUGUGUAUUGGAUGUGAGGUACCUUAUAGCUUACAUUUGGGAGCCCAAUGAGUCAAAUUUGAAGAUUUUUGUAUUGAACACGUUCUUUCACUAAAUUUCAUAGUUGAAAUCCUUUUUCCUUUCAUUUUUGACUGCAGAUGACAAGGGGAGGUAGACCACAACAAUGUGAACUGUCCGAAGGUUGCCAAGGGGCCUGAGCUACCUCCCUCUUUUCACAGAGUAUUUUUGACAUAUCUGUUUACCCACCUGAAUUUGUGGGUGCUUUCAGAGCAUAUGAAGUUUCUUAGGCAGAUGGGAGAAAUAAAAUAAUUUUAAAAUAUUAGCACUGUACAGGAAGCGGACCUUGUAGAGCCGGGAGUUUUUUUAUAACAUAUAUCGAGUGUUUUUCCUGAGUCAGUUGAAUGAUGCUUCAAAUAAAACAUUUUAAAUAUCUUUACUUUUUUUUUUUUUUUUCAGGAAUUGGCUUCCGCUUGCCUGGGAGCACACACUAUUAACAAAUGGGAAUUCAGUGCAGUUGUAUACUCUGUUGUAUGCCUGUACUGAAUAUAGGUAGUUAAGGGCUAGAAACAGUAACUUAAGCCACUGAAUUUGACCAAAUCGUUCCAUCAGAUCAAGUUUAAUCUACCUUUUCUCCUUUGCUGUUGAGAUAACUUGCAUAAUGUGUCCUCUGUAUAGUCUCAGUUAAUAAGGUUAUUUAGCACAAAAUGCAGCUUCUGCGAGAGAGCUGCUUUUGCUCAGUGAACUUGGACUACCACGUUUUACCUUCUUUUGUUCAAUAAAACUUUUAACUGCAGUUACCCAGUCUAAGCUACCUCAUUAAUGUAUUUGGUUUUCUUCCUCUGCCUCACUGUCUCCAGGAUACACAUUACGUAUAUCUGUGUGGGUAGAUGAGUUUGCCAGGAAACCAAUGCAGAAGUGAUCAUGAAUGGGUAUUUUUGACCUACUUUUAAGAAACUAUUUUGGUCUGAUGUGUUCAUUUUAUUGUUAAGGACUGAUGAGAACUAUUACUUGGAGAACUAUUGCUUAUGUAUGCAGCCUUUUAAAUCUACAGAAAUCUUUAUCUGCUCCUAAAUACAGUGCACUGCUGACAAAUUGCAGCUCUGAUUAUACCAUCCUGCUUGUUCUGAACUUCCCAUCUUAUGUUACAAGUGGUUUUGCCAAUGAGCACAGUCACAGGGGUAUUCUCUGGGGAAAACUGUUUAAAUCAGCUUAUUUUAUUGUGUUACCUAUUAACAAUAACCAAGUAAAGCUUAAUAAACUUUUGUUGGGAGUUUGCUAUUUGUAUUUCGUCCCUGCUUGAUGCAUCAAGCAGCAGCAUUACUAUGGUGUCAGUUUUGGAAGUAGUGAUAUUUAUUCUUUAUCCAGUUUACUAGUAAUGAUCACUGCCAAAAUCUACAUGUAAACUUUAGGUUUUGUGAUUGUUUUGAUUAAAAUCAAAAUUAAUUCUUCCUCUUUAAGGUAAUAAAAUCUUAAUUCUA